AUGGGUGCCGUUGGAUGCGGGUUGAUUGGCUUUGGUCCGAUCUGGACGCUCUUUUGUCUCGUCGUUGCUCGUGAUCCCCUUCAAGUCAUCUUCUUCACUCUAAGUGCUUUCUUUUGGCUGAUUGGAUUAUUGGCUGCAUCGGUGAUUUGGUACGCUGUGGUUCCUCUUCGAGAUCAGCUGGCAUUCGGUUUGGUCAAUGUCUGUCUCUUUCAAGAAGUUAUGCGGUUCCUAUUUUAUUUUCUCGUAUCAAAAGCCGAAUACAGUCUUCAGAAGAUGGUAGAGGCAGAGGCUCAAGUGGCUAUUCAUUCAAAUCACCCCCGUGAACUAGAUGUCGCCGUGAGGUCUGCUAAUGGUAGCGCCAAGCAUGGCUCAAUAUUUGAUCAUCGGACCUUGGCUUUCACUUCAGGACUAAGUUUUGCCUUGAUGGCUGGUAUUAUCGAGUAUGUUUACAUCUUCGAUGGUGUGAUUGGACCAGGAACGCUAUUGGAGGGAUCUAACCCUGGUUAUUUCUUUAUUUUUGCCGGUUUAACUUCCUUUUUCAUGGGUCUACUCCAGAUUUCCUGGUCCAUUAUUCUCUUUCGAGCCUUCCAUCUCCGUCUCUACAUCGACAUCGUAGUAGUGUGUGCCACCCACGUGGCCCUUUCAGCACUGACUCUCUUGAACGAUUGGUCGCACCCAGCACCUGAGCUCGUCUGCGUGACAACCAUGAUAGCUGCCUUUGGCUUCAACGCAUAUGCAUUUUUCGCUGCUGGUGGCCGCUUGCUUUACGGUGCAAAUUCCCCUCCUCGGAGCAUAAAUUCUGCAUUCUUCGUGUCCCCAGCUACUACAACUAUCUAA